AUAAAAAAUAAAUAGUUUAAAAAAAGAAAAAGUAAUAUUUGUUGAGACAAAUGUGUGUGAGGCGAGACUCUUCUGAUAGAAGAAGAGAGACACUGUAAAAAUGGUGUCAUCAAAUCAGGAUGGUUUUCUGUAUAAUACUGGAGUUGAUUGAAAUGUUCGUAGCUCUCUAAUGUAUCUGCAUUACAUUCAGGGAUCUAUAUUAAAGAGCUCUGAGUGUGUCCAGGAAAGGGUUAAAGUGCUCGGACACAGGGGCCAGGAGGAGUGUCUGAUGCUGCAGCAGGGGCGGAGUCGUCUCCUGCAGUCGUCUCCAGUUUCAGAGUGAAAGUUCCCAGUUCACUCAGACACGACGCUCUGAGCCUGAACCCUGCUCAGAUCAGCAUGGCGUCACAUCCAGCCUCAAUCCAGCUGUUUCUACAAAAUAUCCUCUUCUCUGACGUGACCCUCACGGCACACUCACAUGUCCACAGCUUCCAAGCAUCUGAGAGUUAAACCUGAUGAUGUGCUGCGAGUAAAUGAUUGAUUCAUCAGCAGACUUUCGUCAGCUCUGUACUUUGGACUUUUUUUUUUUCAUGAUGGCUGAUAAGAUCUGGAGGAAGAGCUGCGAGUUCUUCGGUAGUAGAAGUCCUUUCUUUGGAAGAAGACUUGUGGAGAGUAAGAGUGAUGUGGAGGGGGAAGUGCAGAGCAGUGAGCCGUCCUCUUCGCUGGACUGUGGUAAAGGUUAUGGCCCCCUGACCCACAGCUCCUCCAUCAGCCCUGACCAUUUCGAAGGCUUUGGGUACGGCCAGAACACUCAGGCCGGUCCUCAGCGUCCACGAAGACCCAAACUCCAGCACUCUCAGUCCAUCCUCCGCAAGCAAGCCGAGGAAGAGGCCAUCAAACGCUCACGCUCGCUCUCUGAAAGCUAUGAGCUCUCCACGGAUCUGCAGGACAAGCAGGUGGAGAUGUUAGAGAGGAAGUAUGGCGGGCGCUUUAUCAGUCGACAUGCUGCUCGCACCAUCCAGACAGCAUUCCGGCAGUACCAAAUGAACAAGAACUUUGAACGUCUCCGAAGUUCCAUGUCUGAGAACCGGAUGUCCAGGCGCAUCGUUCUGUCCAACAUGAGAAUGCAGUUUUCUUUUGAGGGACCUGAAAAAGGACCAAGCUCAUUUUUUGAAGGGAAACAGUUAUCUCUGAGGGAGGAAGGAACUCCUGAAGCAACGAGCGAGUGUGGAGAUACGGUUCCCCUCCACGUGGCUGCGCCAUCAGCUCCAAGCGACCUCAGUGACACCAUUACAGAGCUGGAGAAUGCUUUCUCUCGGCAGGUCAAAUCACUGGCUGAGUCAAUCGAUGAUGCUCUGAACUGUCGUAGUCUCCAUGAAGAGGACCAGGAACCAGAGCAGGUUCUGGACAUGCAAGGUGAGCUGUCCUAUCAGGUCAAACCCACUAACAGCUCAGAUCAGCACAAACUGGACGAGAUGAUGGCUUCGUACAGCGGCGUUACGCUUUUCAUCGAUGAGGAGGAUCUUUGUCCUCCUGCUCAGCUCUCGCAUGCGGUGGAUCCACCGUCCAGCACAGAGUCCAAUCAGCAUGCCAUCAACUCCUCCCAGGAGUACUGGCCCAUGGACACCAAGGAGGACAAAAUAGACAUGGACACCAGCUGCCGCAGCACCCCAUCCGUCAACUGUCAGGAACCACGGCUUUGUGUGGACCAUCUCCCGCUCCUGACCAUCGAACCUCCCAGUGACAGCUCUCUGGAAAUCAGCGACCGCUCUGAGUUUGACUCGGUCAAGAGGCAGAAUGUUUAUGAGCGGACUACAGCUGGACCUCAGGCCACUUCCAAACACAUCAGGCACAGUCUACCUCCCAGAGUGUCCUCCCUGUCCCGGGAUGAGGAUCCCAUCAGGCACCGGCAUCUGGAGAGCCAUCUGGCCAUCAACGGGAACCGACAGAGCAAAUCAGAAUCAGACUUUUCUGACGGCGACAAUGACAGCAUCAACAGCACAACAAACUCCACCGACACCAUCAACUGCAGUUCCGAGUCAUCUCGGGACAGCAUGAGGGAGCAGACACUCAGCAAACAGACGUACCACAAAGAGACACGGAACAGCUGGGAUUCUCCGGCUUUCAGUAACGACGUCAUCCGCAAGCGUCACUACCGCAUCGGCCUCAACCUGUUUAACAAGAAGCCAGAGAAAGGUACUCAGUACCUGACUGAGAGAGGCUUCGUCCCGGAUACACCUGUGGGCGUGGCUCACUUCCUGCUUCAGAGGAAAGGGCUGAGCCGACAGAUGAUUGGAGAAUUUUUGGGGAACCGACAAAAGCAGUUCAACAGAGACGUCUUAGACUGCGUGGUGGACGAGAUGGACUUCUCAGGGAUGGAGCUGGACGAAGCUCUCCGAAAAUUCCAGGCGCACAUCCGAGUCCAAGGGGAAGCUCAAAAGGUUGAGCGCCUCAUCGAGGCUUUCAGCCAACGGUACUGCAUCUGCAACCCAGGAGUGGUGCGCCAGUUUCGAAACCCAGACACCAUCUUCAUCCUGGCCUUCGCCAUCAUCCUCCUCAAUACGGACAUGUACAGCCCCAAUGUGAAGCCUGAGCGCAAGAUGAAACUAGAGGACUUUGUGAAGAACCUCAGAGGAGUGGACGAUGGUGAGGACAUCCCCCGUGACAUGCUGAUUGGUAUUUAUGAGCGAAUUCGUCAGAAGGAGCUGAAAACCAACGAAGACCACGUCUCUCAGGUGCAGAAGGUGGAGAAGCUGAUCGUGGGGAAGAAGCCGAUCGGAUCACUGCAUCAGGGGCUGGGAUGUGUGUUAUCUCUCCCUCAUCGGAGGUUGGUGUGUUAUUGUCGGCUGUUUGAAGUUCCAGACCCCAACAAGCUUCAGAAACUUGGCCUUCAUCAGCGUGAGAUCUUCCUCUUUAAUGACCUCUUGGUGGUAACUAAAAUUUUCCAGAAGAAGAAGACCUCGGUGACGUACAGCCUCAGGCAGUCCUUCUCUCUGUACGGAAUGCAGGUCCUGCUCUUCGAGAACCAGUAUUACCCCAAUGGUAUCCGGCUCACCUCGGCUAUCCCUGGCGCUGACCUAAAGGUCCUCAUCAUCUUCAACGCCCCGAACCCUCAGGAUCGCAAGAAGUUCACAGACGACCUGCGCGAGUCCAUCGCUGAGGUCCAGGAGAUGGAGAAGUACCGCAUCGAGUCCGAGCUGGAGAAGCAGAAAGGUGUGGUCAGGCCCAGCAUGUCUCAGAGCAUGUCCGGUCUGAAGAAAGAGGCGGGGAACGGGACCAUGAGCCGCGCCAGCCUGGAUGACACCUAUGCCAUGGGGGAGGGGCUAAAGAGGAGCGCGCUCAGUAGCUCCCUGCGGGACCUUUCUGAAACAGGCAAGCGCGGCCGCCGCACCAGUGCAGGAUCACUAGACAGCAAUAUGGAAGGCUCCAUCAUUAGGGGUCCUCCUCAGCUGCCCCAGAGAGCUCCAUCCAUCCGUGAGUGUCCUCCUCGUCCACACUGCUCCAGCACCAACCCUUCCUCCUCCUCUUCUUCCACGCUGCUUGGAUCACUCUUUGGCAGCAAGCGAGGAAAACCUCCUCCUCAUCCUCCGCUUCCUGCUCCACCCUCAUCCUCACGCCCCACCCUCAUCUCCCACUUGUCCCACCCCGUCGACCAGCACCACACCGCCCAGGCCCACCUCGAGACCCAUCGUUUCCAGCACUGUUCUUUUUCUCAGAACCCUCCACCAUAUCAACACCACCAUCACUACGACCCGCCUCCUGUCGGGCUCCGGUUCCACCGCCAGCACUCGAGCCACGUCUCGGCACCGCACCAUCGACCUCAGCUCCCUCACGACCUCCUUCACCAACCCCAUCGUCAUCGACUCCACCAUCACCAUCAACAGCGACAGCAACAUCAGGAGCAGCAGCUCGCGUCGUCGUCUACCGCGUGUCCCACCGACGCCAAACCCAAACACUGUGGUAUCAGCACGGUGGUGUGAGGAUCCGACCCGAGCCGGACCAAACUCCGGAUCAAUCAUUUCACUUCCGCAAUGGUUCCAGAGAGUUCUUCUGAUCAGAAGCUUGGAUGCGCUGGAGGAGUUCCGCUGACUGAAGGAGGAUCGUAGUGUCUUCUCCAGCGUCGCAGCGUAGAACCUCACACUUUGUUUUUUUUUUUUAUUUUAGUUUCCCAAACACGAAUCCGGACGAUUAUCAGAACCGUGCGGCCGAAAGGGCCAAGCCUUCGGUCACGCCCUCGCUGGUCCUGAUGCUGUAUUUAUUGUGGAUGAGGGAAAAGCUUUACAUGUUGUCCUUUGCGAUCAUUUUUAAAUGUGCCAAUAAUCCAUGCGUGUAUCGGCUCUGUGUGACCCGUGUGUUCUAGAGUUUAGUGUAAAACUGGAUCCAUUCAAAGAUGUUCUAUAUACUGUAAAAAAAAAAGCUAUAUAUACAUAUUCACAGAGUUUUUUUUAAAUAUUAAGAUCAAAUAGAAAUAAAUAUUAGGGUAAGCGGUGCAGUGGGGGGCUGGACAGACUGUACCGAGGUCUGGAGAAAUAUUUUGGGAAUAAUAAAAUGUUUUAGAUGCAGAAGAAGCUGCACUGAGCUAGAAAACAAUAGAAAAAGUGUCUUAACUGCCUGGUGGAGCUACAGAAACAGACCAGGAGCUAAACGGCACUUUCCUAUAGAUCACCUUUAGAUUAGAUUUAGAUUAGACAGAGUUCAAAACAUUUCGAUUUUAAAGUAUGAGACUUCACUGAGCACUUCUCUCAUUUUCUCUUCCCUUUUUUUUUUAAGUAUCUCAUUUCCCAAGGAUGUGGAAAAUGACUCUUUUUUAUUAUCAUUAUUAUGUUCUUUGUUUUCUUAAAGAAAAUGAUGCAAUCAAAUUGUUUUCUUUUAGUGAAUAUUUGGGUGAAGCUGUACGUCCGAUCGUUAUCCUCUGCACAAGUUCUACAGAAGUUAUGCACAAAUAUGAAGAAGGCCAGUGACCGAGAGAGUUUUUACUCCCAUGUGCAAUAUGUUUAGAGAUUACAGGAGGACGAGGAAAUGCCACACGCUUACGAACAAACGCCUCAAAAUUUAUUGAAAAACUGAUUAAUUAAUUAAUCAGAAUUCUUCCAAUUAACGCUCAAUGUUUUUUUUGUUUAAUGUUUCUUUUAUUUUUCCUUUUUUUUAAUCUGAUUACUUUUUCAUAAUUUUUUUAUUUUUUAUUUAUGCAUUAUUUAUGCAUAUAUUUCCUUUAUGCAUUUAUUUUUCUUUUUAAUAUUUAUUUACUUUUUCUUCUUUUCUUUUUUUUAUUUUUGGAAAUAUGUUUACUUUUUCUUUCUUCUCUUUUCUUUCUUCUUCUUCUUUCUUUUUUUUCCUUUUCUUUUUUCUUGUCUUUGGUCAUUUUUGCCCAAACUUUAGCAUUUUGUUUGUCUCUUUUUUUUCUUCAUUUAUUUAUAUAUUUUUAUUUCAUUAAUACCUGGAAAACAAAAUAUCUCUGUAACGUGUGUAAUAACUGAAGGAUUAAUGAUUUGAUUUUAUAAAUUCAGUUCUUAGUUUAUUUAUUUAGAAAAUAAUUGAACUUUUUUUCAGUUUUGGUCCGGCGGCUCCUCGUCCUCGGGAAUCUGACCGCUUUCUUUUUUCUUUCUUUUUUUCCCGCAGUAAUGUUAUUGCAGUGGCUCAUGAACUAAACGUUUAUGGGAAUAACUCACUCGGAAUUUAGUGGAACAUCAAGUGUGUGUCCUAUGUCCACUGUUUUAUGGUUUUAUUUUUUUGUGUGUGUCCCAGGAAUGAACUCAGUGUUACAUUGAGAGUUUAAGUGCAAUGGUGUAAAGAAAUUCCUUCUACAGCUUGUGUUGUUUCUGUACAAGAUUCAGGUGAAUAAUGCGACCGUUUAUGCAAAUCUCUUUCCUUCCAGACGACAGAGAAUUUUUUUACAGAAUGUAUUUGCGGUGAUGAAACGCAGAAGCACAUUAAAUCUGUUUCUGACUGGACCACAGACGCAUGCUGGAGAUUUUUUUUUUCCUGAGUGGAUCACCAUGAUGAUUUUAUAAAGUGUGGCGUCGUUCAGACGGGGGAUUCAUGGCUCCUCCUGAAGAAGCCGGAUGUUGUUGUUGUUGUUGUUGUUGUUUUAGGGAGAGUAGAAUACAAUGUUAUUCUCUUUCAUCAUCAUCUUCAGUAAGCUGUGAGGAAAGAGCGAUGAUGAUGAUGCACAGAGCGAGACGUCUCGUUUCACUGUGAGCUGCCGGACACUCAAACUGGACAAGACAAGACUUGCUUUUGACAACCCCCCCCCCCGCCCCCCGCUUUGUUUAUUUUUGUUUAUAGCCUCGGUGUUGAACUUGCUGUCGUACUGCAUCGUGUUUCUCUGAAGUGCAGCAUGCAGAUCAUCUCCACAUCUCCAGUGUAGAAACAAAAAGAAAAGAGAAAGAGGAAAGAAGUCACAUGUCCGUCUGUCCAUCCGUCCGUCUGUCAGUGUGUGACGAGGAGUGAGUGAGAAAUCAUCAGUGUAGGUAACAAAGCUGAUGGUGAGGAAGAUGAGGAUGGUGAUGAUGAGUGAUUAAAGAGUGUGUUUAAGACUGUUGGACUUGUUCACUGCCUCAUGCACUGAGCCAACAGACUGCUGCUGUUCCAGAGAGAGAGAGAGAGAGAGAGAGAGAGAGGGAGAGGGGAGGAGGAGAGAGACGGAGAGGGAGAGAGAGAGGGAGAUGG